UCUGUCUGAAACAUAGUUGUGUGUUGAGGUAACGCAUUCGCGUUUGACACAAUUCCAACAGCAGUUAUUAAUAUAGCACUGUGUACUGUACUGGACAAUUCUGCCAAAAAAGAAAGUGAAGUGCAACUCGGGUUUGACAGAGAGCGCUUUUCUGCUGAGUAGCCCAUGAACAGGCUUUCUUUAUACUUUGAAGAUGGUCAUGAUGAUUUGGAUGAUUUUGGAUUUGAUGACUAUGGUACAGAGUGUGAUGGAAUUCGGAUAACUGCUUUUCUGGAUGCUGGGCAGGACAAUCUAACACCAUUGGGCCGUCUAGAAAAAUAUGCCUUCAGCGAGAACGAGUUCAACAGGCAGAUCGUGGCGAGGGGGUUGCUGGAUGUCUUGCGGGAAUUCAGCGACAAUGAAAAUGAUUUCCUCACAGUCAUGGAGACUGUUGCCAGGAUGUCAGAAGAUGGAGAGCCGACAGUGCGGGCUGAACUGAUGGAGCAGGUCCCCAAUAUCGCCAUGUUUCUCCAUGAGAGGAGACCCAACUUCCCCGUGGCUUUCUCCAGGUACCUGAUACCUAUUGUGGUGAGGUACCUGACCGACCCAAACAACCAGGUGAGAAAGACGAGCCAAGCUGCGCUGCUGGUUCUGCUGGAGCAGGGUCUGAUCAGCAAGAACGACGUUGAGAGCAAGGUGUGCCCUGUGCUUCUGGACCUCACCACACCAAGCAGCGACGACGACUACAAGAUAGAGGCCGUGGCUAUAAUGUGCAAAUUGGUCUCGAUGUUAACCAAGGACACCGUGGAACAUCUGCUUCUGCAUCGAUUCUGCGAUCUGUGCAGCGAUGGAAGGUUGUUCCAAGUUCGUAAGGUAUGUGCGGCUAAUUUUGGGGACUUCUGCAGCAUUGUUGGACAGGAUGCCACAGAAAAGCUUUUGAUUGCUAAAUUCUUUGAGCUGUGCUCGGACAGCGUGUGGGGUAUACGCAAGGCAUGCGCAGAGUGCUUUAUGACCGUGUCCAACUCCACCUCCCCUGAGGUCCGGCGGACAAAACUGUCCCCCCUCUUCAUCAGCCUCAUCAGCGAUCCCUCCAGAUGGGUUCGCCAGGCUGCUUUCCAGUCCCUUGGUCGGUUUAUUUCCACAUUUGUCAAUCCUACAGGCGCAGGGCUGUACUUCAAAGAAGACGUAGCCCUGCGCGAGCUUGCCAAGUGUACUCCAGCAGUGAGGUCAGAAAUCCCUGUUGAGGGCUACACCUGCAGAGAACAAGGCAAGAAUUGCUGUGAGUCUGGAAACUGCAAAGGUGCACCCACUGCAGGCAGUGAGGCUGCCCUCGUCAUCCCUAGCAACUGCACUGAAGAGCAGGAUGCUCAGCCAGCAUCGCCCGUCCCCUGCAAAGCAGAGGAGCAGUGCUGUCUUCCAGCUGCCAGUGAGAACAAUAACAACAGUGCAGAAGCAUCUCCAAUUAAACCAGAGAAGCACGGCUCGGCGGCGCAGAGCAGCGAGGACACCUACAACUCCUUUAACUACUGGAGACCUCCGCUCCCAGACAUCAGCCAGGACCUGGAGCUGCUGCAGGCACAAGUGAAGGGGGAGACAGAAUCCGUCUGGAGCUCCGAGGGACCAGCUACCCACAGAGAAAUCCAGAAAGCUCUGGAGAGUUUGCAGCCUCACAUGGAUGACCUCGAUGUGCAAGCACAGGUACAGGUCCUGUCUGCUGCCCUUAAAGCAGCCCAGCUGGAUGUAAACUCGGAAGAGGAGAUGCCAAAGGCUAGUCAGGAUUCCUGCAGUACAGAGCAGCAGCAGCAGGAGCAGGAGCAGCAGGAGACUCCGUUGCCAGCAUCACCCUCAGAUGGUGCGGACCCUUCAGACAGCAAAGCCCCACCAGUUUCAAAUGUGGGUGUUGAGGACCAGCCCCCUGUGAAGAAACUUCCCCUCAUCUAUGACCCUUAUGAUAACAGGAUGCUGCCCCAGCUGAUUGAGAGUGUGCACAAGCUGCACAUGGAGCAGGACCCUGAUCUGCUGUUUGAAGAAGAGAAAUCCAAGAUUCAGAAUGUCAUCCCGCAGCAGCUGUUGGACCAGUACCUGUCAAUGACAGACCCUGCCCGAGCCCAGACUGUGGACACUGAAAUUGCCAAACACUGUGCCUUCAGCCUGCCCGGCGUGGCACUGACCCUGGGCCGACAGAACUGGCACUGCCUGAAGGACACCUACGAGACCCUGGCUACCGAUGUGCAGUGGAAAGUACGCCGAACGCUGGCCUUCUCAAUCCACGAGCUGGCUAUGAUUCUGGGAGAGCAGCUGACAGCAGCUGAUCUCGUACCCAUCUUCAAUGGUUUCCUGAAAGACCUGGAUGAGGUGCGGAUCGGAGUCUUGAAACACCUCUACGAUUUCCUCAAGCUGCUUCAUGCUGAUAAGAGGAGGGAGUACCUGUUCCAGCUGCAGGAGUUCAUGGUGACUGAUAACAGCCGCAACUGGAGGUUCAGAUACGAACUGGCAGAGCAGCUGAUCCUGAUCGUUGAGCUGUACAGCCACAAUGACGUAUACGACUAUCUGAGGCAAAUUGCACUGACGCUGUGCUCUGAUAAAGUAUCUGAAGUCCGAUGGAUCUCUUACAGGCUGGUGGUGGAGAUCUUGAGGAAGUUCUACAGGAAUGGGGCCAAUGACCUGGGCUUGAACUUUCUCAAUGAGCUAGUAAUGAGAUUCUGCCAUUGUCCCAAGUGGGUGGGAAGACAAGCUUUUGCUUUCAUUUGCCAGGCUGUGGUAGAAGAGGAUUGCAUGCCCGUGAGCCAGUUUGCUGAGCACUUACUCCCCAGUCUCAUUGCACUGUCUGCAGACCCUGUGGCUAACGUCAGAGUGCUUGUAGCCAAGGCUUUGCGGCAGACUGUACUGGAGAAAGCGUACUUCAAGGACGCAGCUUGCCCCCAUCAGCAGACUGUUGAAGAGACUGUGAUGGCCUUGCAGGCUGACAGGGACCGGGAUGUCCGGUUCUUUGCUAGUUUGGAACCAUCAACAAGCACAGAGGACACUGCUGCCUUAAUUUAAUGACAUGUCAAUGGAGAAAAGAAAACAAGUAGUACACUGAAUUGAAGCCAGCACACCGUCUGAACAGGCCACAGUGCUCGUGUGCCCUCUGCGCCCCGAAGGUGACCAGUUCAGAAGCCAGCACUGUGACUCGGUGGGGUGGAGUUCAUCCUGGGCUGUGGUCAGCAGGAGGGCUCCUCUCCGGUGGAACGGGGAUAGCAGUGGUCUGCCGCGCAGAGGCGAAAGUUAAUGCACACAAUAGGGAUUAAAUAGUAAAGUCUGUUGGACAAGACGAUCCUGUAUCCGCCGAUGCUAUUUCAGUAAAUAGUGCUGCUCAGACAGUGGGAUUGCCUGAUUGUAUUACAGUAUAAGCGUUUAAUAUAAAAAUAUUUGUAAAUAAUUUCAACGGUUUUCUUUAAGCUUACUGUAAUAUCUUUUAUUUUUUUUAUUUUAUUUUUUUUUUUAGAAAAAUAGAUGUUUUAAAAAGAAAGAAAUAAAACACUCAGGGCUCCACACAGUUCAGUUGCCCAUACACGACCAGGACCUGUUUAGCUCUGUUCUCAACUCACAGGGCUUUCCAUAGCUGACCCUUUGCCUGUCUCCUUUUCCUGCAACAUCUGCACGACUUGAGCUUCAGCUGCAGUUCCCUACCGCCGUUGUGUACAAGUGGGCUUCUAAAACAGGAGACCACUGACCUACAAAAUGUAUUUAAGAGGUAGGCUGAGCAUGCUGUCCAGCAGAUUAAACUCACAGCCACUCAGUCCAGCUCCAUCUAUAACCACUACAUGGUUUGGGUAGAUUUCUUCCUGUUGAACAACUGCACACGUCCACAGACACGCCUUUGUGUUUUUUGUGCAAGAUAAAGGCUGCUCUGCGGAAGUAGAAAGCACUAUGGUUUAUUAAACUGAUCCAUAUAAGUGUGAUAUUUACAAUAGCAGGAAAGAGAGAAGUCUGAAUAUGGGAUAUGCCCCCAUAAUUCAACCCGUACAGGAGCUUUAAGUGUGAGUGGAGCGCUGUGAAGAGAGGAAAGGGCAGGCUGAAUAGUACUGUCAGAUCACUAUGCAAAGAGCAGCAUCCAGUGCACUUUGCUGGAGGAUGGGAGAGGCACAGUGUGAUGGACUAUUCAGUAGCCCAGCAAACUGUCAAGCAAGUGAAAGGAUGCGGGGUACUUGUGAUGGGAGAGCAGUGGAACAAGGUUGCAGGAGCAGCUUCGUGGGUAACUAGUGGGCCAGUCAGUCUGGCUGAGUCAGCAGCAGUGGGGUCUCUGAUGAUCAGUGCAGGAGCAGCUUCACAAGUGGGCAGGAUCCCAAAGUUCGUCUCUGCUCCAUGUCUGGGACAGCACAUACUAUGGCCAGUAAAGGGGGUGGGUAGUGUUCGGACUGUCGCAUGUUCAUUUAAAGGAUUUUUCUAUUUAAUUUUUUAUUUUUUUUGUAAAGGAAGAAGGUUGGUGUAUUGUUUUGUGGGAGCAUUGUGUACCACCUUCAGCAAGCACUGGGUUACAUGUAGCAAGCUGAUAGAUCUCAGAAGGGGCAACCCCCCCUGCCUCCUUCCUAAAUUCUAAAGCCUGUGUGUGGGUUUGUGUUUCCAGACCUCUGUUCACAGAUCACAAUGUCGGAAUAAGGCCAAGCCUCAGCAGUGUUUAUUUGUCAGGGUCUCUGAACUUUUUAAUGUUAUAGAAAUGUUUAUAAAUAUUUUAUGCAGAGUUUAAUGUUUUUCUAAAUGUACCUUGUUUAUUGAUUUAAAAUACUUUGUAUACUAACUUUGCAGUUUUCAAAGCAUUUAAAAGUAAUUGUCAGUUUUUAACGUCAUACAUUUUUUUUUUAUUAUUUUCUGUAAUUUUGAUUAGCCUUCAAUAAACAAAUCUGGUUAUGUGUGUGGAAGAAAAUGCCUAGAUUAAAUGUAAUUACACAGGAAAGUGGGAGAUGUUUAUGCACAACUAAAUAAUUUAAAAUAUUGUAACCACGUUUACCAAUCACCAAUAGUACACAUUUUUAAA